AAUGACAUGGUGAUGAUAAUUAAAAAAUGAAAGAAUUUUUGUUUCUUGGUGGAACACUCCCUUCAACACAUUCUGUAAAUCCCAAAGAUAUUCUGCUGAUUUUUAAAAAUUUUAUUCUAUUUUAUUUUAUCGACUUAAACAUGUUUUCUUAAUAUCUUCUCUCAGAAUGCAGGCUGUGCCUGGUUUUAGGUGCAGAGAGCAGGGUGAGGGCUCUUUGCAGCAACUCAUGCCAAGAAUGGUACUGGUAACAGGAGCAGGAGGACCAGGCUCCAGUGCUGGGAGUCUCCAGGGGCCUCACAGAUCUUCAAAACCCCCUCGUGAGCUUAGUGUGGAAGAGCAACAGGAGCUACGGAGAAAGAUCAACAGUCGUGAGAGAAAGAGAAUGCAGGACCUCAACGUAGCCAUGGAUGCUUUACGGGAGGUCAUGGUGCCCUACGCUUCUCCCACCGGUGUAGGUGGAGCACUGCAGCACCCUUACCUCCCUCCUGGAGCCCCUCCGACAGGACGCCGCCUGUCUAAGAUCUCCACGCUGGUGCUGGCCCGUAACUACAUCCUGCUCCUAGGCUCCUCCUUGCAGGAGAUGAGGCGUCUGCUGGGCGAGGUCAGCAUCGGAAUGGGCGUCAGCGGGACUGUACCACGUCUACUGCUGACAGGGGGGUGGCCAUUUCUUACCGGGCCAGGACAGCUUCUGCUUUCCCCUCCUGAGCAGCAAAUGGGUGCAGCAAAGUGCCCUCUUCUGCCUCAGGGUACCCAGGAGGAUCCCUUGGCAUGGGGGCCAGGCAGCAUGUCGGAGAGCCCGGUGUGCCAGUGUGGGGUGUGCCGGACCCCACGGGUGGUGCAUGUUAAUCCCGCCACACGUUUCCCAAAAUGAUUCCAACAUGACUUGGAGAAAGAACAAUACAUUUACAUUUAUGCAUUUAGCAAACGCUUACAUUGCAUUCAAGUUACAGUUUCUACAUUUUAUCAGCUCUUGCUUUCCCUGGGAAUCAAACCCAUGAUCUUGAUGUUGCUAGUGCCAUGCUCUACUAUUUGAGCUACAGGAAAGCUACAAUACAACAACAUGCAGUUUUUUAUGUCUGUGAGGGUGGGGUGUCUGGUUCAUUUUUUGGUAACACUUUAGAAAAAGGUUCAAUUUGUUAACCUUUAGGUAUAGUUCACCCAGAAACUAAAGUUCUUUCAUAAUUUCUUCACCAUCUUGACUUUCCAAACCUGUUUGACGUUCUUCUGUGGAAGACAAAUGAAGAAAUCAAAUUUUUUUUGUUCCACAGAAAAAAGAAAGUCACAUGGUUUUGAAAUACCAUGAUGGUAGAUAAAUGACAACAAAAUUUUUUGGUAAACUGUCCUUAAGUAUCCAAAACAAACACUGAGCAAAACUUUUACAGCAUUUAAUACAUUUAGGUUCAUGUCAGUUUCCACAUAUACUAAUACAUUUUUAACAUUUCAACUUGAAUAUGCAAAUUUGCAUUUGGCUAACUAAACCUUUUUAAGUGUUACCACUUUUUCCUUUUUCAAAACGCUCCUAUA